AUAAUAAUAUCAUAUAUAAGUCGUGUACACAAACUACAAUGAGUUCGCAAUCGUAUGAAAGUCGCCGUAAUUUUGGCCGCAAUUAUCAUCAAAAUACUAGUAAUAAUAAUAAUAAUAAUAAUCGUCACCGAAAUUAUCAGCAAAGAUCGAUGUUUGCGGCCGCGGCGGACAACAAUUUUGGCCAACAAAGUUUGGCCGCCACUAGUGGUUUCGGUAACAACAAUGAAACCAAUGGCUAUUAUCAUCAAAACAAUUAUAAUUAUCAGCCAUUUGUUGGCCAAUCCAUGACUUAUAGUAAUAAUAAUAAUAAUAAUAAUAAUAAUGCAUUUGACGGACAAUUAGAUUAUCGUAAAAGUGGUCAACAAUUGGAUAGUAGUAGUGGUAGUGGUGGCGGUGGUAGUAGUCAUCAUCAUCAACAACAACAACACGUCUAUAGGGAUCAACAAAGACAUGACUAUCGGGCAGAUUAUCAACAAAAGAGUGGUAACUAUAGGCAAAGUGAUCAUCAAAACCGUGGAAGACGUCAACAACAGCAACAACAGACCGAACCAAACAAUUUAACAGUUGAUAUACAAAGUGGUUAUCAAAAUAAUAAUAAUAGCCAUCAAUCUGAACAACAUAUGAGAGGACCAUUGAGUGGACAGUUAUCUGAUGAGCGAUCGUUAAAUGGCAAGAAAAGUGGCGAUAGAUUUGGUGGUAAUUUUGGUCGAAGACCUUAUCAGCGAAAAGAUGAUAGAUUUGAGAUAAAUAAAAGUAAUAGAAGUGAUGACAGAAGAGAAGACAGAAGGGAUGAUCGAAGAGAUGAUCGAAGAGAUAACAGAAGAGAUGAUCGAAGAGAUGAUAGAAGAGAUGAUAGAAGAGAUGAUAGAAGAGUUGCUGAUUAUAGAGUCGAUAGGAGAGAUCAGCAGAGAUAUGUCGAUACAAGAGAUGACAGAAGAGAUCAACAGAGAAAUGUCGAUACAAGAGAUGACAGAAGAGUCGAUGGCCGUAAAGAUAACAACAAACGAUACGAAAAUAAUUAUAAGAAAAGAGAGGACAACAACAACAACGGCAACUAUCGUAUGGCUCGGGAAGGAAACAACAGUAUGAAUAACAGCGACUAUAAUGAUGUAAAUGUUGGCAACAAAAUCAAUGACAACAACGAUGAUUGCAAACGAAAUGCUGUCCAGAAGAUGACAAAGACGACGAAGAAGACGACGACUGCUGUUGUUAUACACGAAUCAGAUGAAUCUCAAAGAGAAAUAAUGGAUGAAUUGCUCAGAAAAGGCGAGUUUGAAUGUAUGGUCUGUUGCGACCGAAUCCGUAUACACGACUCGGUCUGGAGUUGCGAACAAUGCUAUAAUGUAUUUCACUUGAAAUGUAUUAAACUAUGGGCUAAUACACAGUCAUCGGCUCAGAGACAAUCAAGCGACCAAAGUAUCAUCAAUUGGCGAUGUCCUGCCUGUCAGUCGGACUAUCAGCGACUGCCCAAUCGUUACAAUUGUUUUUGCGGUAAAGUUCGCGAUCCGGAACUGAAUCGCUAUCUGACGCCGCAUUCGUGCGGCGAAAUGUGUGGCCGUAAACGGAAGCCAAACGAAAAUCGCAAAUACAACUGUCCACAUAAAUGUCUGCUGAUGUGUCAUCCGGGUUCGUGUCCUCCGUGUUCGCAGAUGAUUACCCGCGAGUGCGGUUGCGGUCAAACACAAAUCAAAGUCAACUGUUUAGCCAACGAUGACGAUGUCAUAUGCGAUAAGAUAUGUGCGAAACUGUUGAACUGCGGUACCCAUCGUUGUCAACGUAAAUGUCAUUCGGAUAACUGUACCGAUUGUUCAGUGGUUUCCAUCCAGAAGUGCUUCUGCGGCCAACACGACCGACAAGUUGUCUGCAAUGUUGAAAACAAUUUGAUUACAAACUAUUCGUGCGAACAGUUAUGCAACAAACAGUUAGACUGUGGCCAACAUCAAUGUCAACAAGUGUGCCAUUUUGGUGACUGCCCCGACUGUCCAUUAGAUCCCCGUCUGGUUACCCAUUGUCCCUGUGGUCGAACACUUCAAUCGGAUCUAUUAGAUGGUCAAAAAACACAAGUACGCACUGUCUGUACGGAUCCCAUCCUGACAUGCGAUAACAGUUGCGACAAAGAACUAGUCUGCGGACCCGAUAAGGCCCGACACCGAUGUCGUAGUCAAUGUCAUACUGGCCCGUGUCAGCCGUGCGACCAGAAAACUAUAAUCAAAUGCCAAUGCGGUGCCAACAGCGAGAACGUCGACUGCGUUGAACUGAUGAACAACAGCAACAACAACAACAAGAAGACUGCUGCUGGAGCUGAUGAUGACGACAACGAUGACCAACAAAAACCGUUGUUUGUCUGCAAGAAACGGUGUAACAAAAAGCGUGUCUGCGGUCGACAUAAAUGUCUUGAUGUUUGUUGCAUCAAAACUGAUCAUCCGUGCGAACAGGUUUGCGGCCGCAAGUUGUCGUGCGGUCGACACCAGUGUUCCGAAUCGUGUCAUAGCGGCCAAUGUCCGCAAUGCUGGAACAUUGGCUGGGAUGAGCUAACCUGCCGGUGCGGUUCGUCCACCAGAUUGCCGCCCAUUGCAUGCGGAACCAAACGACCCGAUUGCGGUCUGGUUUGUAGCCGUAGUCAUCCGUGCAAUCAUCCGAUCGAUCAUUUGUGUCACGACGACCCGGAUUGUCCUCCCUGUACCUACUUUGUGGCCAAAUCGUGUUUUGGCGGACACGAAGCCAAACCAAUACAAUGUCACGAAUCGUCCUAUUCGUGCGGCUAUCUAUGCGGUCGACCGCUCGAUUGCGGUCAACAUUCGUGUCCAAUGAUAUGUCAUUACGAUAAAUGCAAUCCUUGUUCGCUUCCGUGCAAUAAACUACGCAACGAUUGUCAGCACGUAUGCGGACAGCCUUGUCAUCAGAAACAAUCGCCGGAUAGCUGUCCAAAAUCCCAGUGCAAAGUCUUAGUUAAAGUUCAGUGCAUUUGUGGCCGCAAAACGGAACAAAUGGCGUGCUAUAAGACCGGCGACGACAGUUCGGGUCAGCAGCGAGUGGUAUCGUUGAACGCAUUGGCCACUCAACGGCUGAAGAACGGCGAAAGUGUUGACGUUUCGCAGAUAAUGAAAAGUUUGAAAGACAUGCGACACAUCCAACUGAAAUGCGACGACAAGUGCGCCGUUUAUGAACGCAACCGACAACUGGCCGAAGCAUUGGACAUCAAAGACUCGACGUUCAGCGCCGAUCCGGAUCCGCCUAAAUAUUCGGAAUUUCUUAAAAACGCUGUCAAAAGUGAACCGUCAUUUGUCGGCCAUAUCUAUCGRCGGCUAACACAACUGGUUAUCGAUGCCAAACAAUCGCGACUGGCCUUCAAAAACGAAAACUUUCAGCCAAUGAACUCCGAGAACCGGCAUAUUGUUCACGAAUUGGCCCAACAUUUCGGUUGUAAGACACAAGCGGUCGAUAAGGAACCGAAUCGUAGUGUCAUAGCUAAGGCAAACAAAGACAAAUGUUAUCUACCAGUUGUCUCACUCAUGGAUAUUGUCAGCAAAGAAGUCGAAGAUGAAGACAGAAGAGGAGGAAGUGAUUUGUCGUCGACGACAACAGUCAAGUCGUCGGCGAAUAAAAUAACACUUAAAAGCCAUUGUUUUGAAUCGGAAAACGAUCAGAAAAAACCAUUUUCAUUGAUCAAUAGCCGAGUGAUGAGCGGCGGCGUCGGCGGUAGUGGUCUGUCAUUGAUUAACAACAUUACUGCCGAUACCAUCAGCACUACGACGACGUCCACAAAGAGCUCAAGUGAUAGUAGUAAUAGUAAUAAAAAUAAUAAUAAUAGCAAACAAAUUGAUUAUUUUGAUUUCAAAUGUCUUGUAAUUCAUCUGUCGAUGAAAAAGAAGUCACAAAAAAAUUAA